GAACUUUCCAAAUGAAUACGGUAAUAGAAAUCGUGGUCAAGGCUGCAUAGCUAAAUCGCUCCUCGGCCGUCUGACCAAAGUGAUUGAAAACAACAAACUAGCCCUGCUUCUCAGAAAUAAUAAAAUUAACGUAACUCACUAAAGCAGGCGUCACAUUCGCUCCAUAUCACCGCUAGCUUUUCCCCUGGUAGUGCCCUCAAAUUCGUUCUCCGCACUUAGCGCUCUGUCGGACCAUCUUCCUAAAAGUCUCAUGCAGUGAUCGUCAGAAACACCUUGAUAUCGGGCGAAAAGCAACCUUGAGUUAGCUGACGAAUCAUUAACGGCUUGGGCAAGCAUUUCCAACACUUAAAGACCUCGAAGGCUGGAACACAAUCACUUUUGGCUUGAACCUCUUAAAAUCUUUGAAUUUGGCAAGCAAGAUUCCUCAAUAUGAAUCUUGUUAUGAAAGCCAAUGGCAACGGAUCACUCAAGAAUGUCCCCGCUGAUCUCGAUAACUUCACCAAUGGAAAGAAUGCGGAUAUAAUUUGUCCAAUUAGAUAUAUUUACGAUUAUCUCCCUCAGAAGCCAAAGUGGUUGCAGGCACAACAAGUCACUCUCAAUGACCUGCUGCAACUACAAUCAGUCGAAAUACAGGGGAAUACCAGGAAAAAUAGAAUUGCCAUCUACCCUGGAGCGGCUCAUCUACCAGUUCACACUGGGCUUGGAAAUUUUCGACAGAGUAAACACUGGAAAGCAAAUGAGAGGGCGACGAGAGAGUUACUCGAGUUAUUUGCGCAGGAUCAACACUGCAAGGAUGCCAUGCUAACCAAUGGACAAUCUAUGGCAACUCUUGCCAAACGACAGCUCCGAAGUCCGGUUUUGGAUACAUAUAGUCGCUUUAGCAUUUAUAUGUUUGCAGAUGCAAAUGAGAACCGAAUCCAGCUUCUGGCUCAAAGCGUGAUUUUGAUUUUCAUAUUUGAUGACAUGUGGGAAAAUGCAUCCUCAAAAUUUACCAGCCAGGUGCGAGAUGAUUUCAUUGGACGUAUUCAAGGCAAUGUCUCCAAGUCUAUAGCAGACACUCCACUACAGAGACGAAUGCAUGAAAUCAGGCAAGGAUUCUUAGACGGGGAUAAGGAAGAUGGAGGAAAUGCAGGUGCAGAGAUACUUCAAGAACUUAUUGAGUUUUGUCGUCAUGAGCACCCUGAGGGAUUUUCAUCUGUACGGGAAUACCUUGAUUAUCGUUAUGAUGACAUCGCAAAUAGAUUCACGUGGGCGUGUACCAAAUUCUCUCUACAUCUGAAGGUCGAUCUACGUAGUCCAAAACUUCGUCGCCUAUUAGGCUACCUUGGUGAUCAAAUCUCUAUUGCCAAUGAUCUUGCUUCGUACGAUAAAGAAGCGAAGCAAUUUCUUGAAGGAAGAUCGAAGGAGAUGAUUAAUCUAGUACAUACUAUUAUGCAGGUCAAUCGUAUCAAUGGUGUUGCAGCAGCGAAGUCAAUGGCUUACGCUAUACAGCUCUGGACCGAGAAUGAGAUUUUAGAAGAGCUGAGAGCCCUGAGUGGCCAGGGACAGCUCAGCGAUGAGGAAUGGAAGUUGGUGGAUGGAUGCUUGGUUGCUGCUUCAGGCAAUCUUUUGACUUCAAUUGUGAUAUCCAGGUAUGGAGGUGAGGAGGCAAAGAUAGCCUCGUGAUAUACAGAACUCAUGGAAGUUUAUGAAUUCGCAUUAACAUUUUCUACUUUUCUACUGAAAUAGCUUCCUUGCACUAAGCUUAAAGAAGUACCA